AUGAUGAGAACCUGGGUUGUGAUCCUGGCCAUCCUGGUCGCCGGGUCAAAAGCGGGCUUCAAACUCCCGCUCCCAAUCCCCCUGCCGAACAUUCCCUUCACCGGUGGCGACGGAACGGAUUCCGGCUCCUCCAGCGGCUCUUCCGUCAAGGACACGCCGAUUUCCGGCGACACGAACCGGGAGCUGUUCCAGCACUUCAGAUGUCAGCUCUGCAAGGACCUCGCCAGGGAUAAUAUCGAGUUCGCCGACGGCGAAGCGGUGAGUUAGAGCCCAUUCCGCGCGAGAUUCUCAUGUUUUUUUUUCCCUUUUGAACUACGGAAGCAUUCCGGGAAGCUUCCACUCUCUGCGCCCUUUUUUAUCCUGAAAACUGUGUUCUACUGGGAAAAUUUUGAGUGGCCACUAUAGAGGCUCGCCAAGGACUACUUUGAGGGGACACUAAAGUGGCCACUAAACCCACCUCUAUAGUGGCCACUAUUUUCCGUUUUAGUGACCACUUCAGCAGUUUUUCAUCCAGUGUUCCUUCCAGUAACUCUGAUGAUUUUAAAACAAACAGAUUGGACCAGUUAUGUUGAUCCAUUGACCCCUAAAGUGACCACUAAAAUUUUUAUUGGUCUCUUAGUAGCACUUACACCUCUAUAGUGGCCACUAAUUUACAACCCCUUCAGUGGCCAUUAAUUUGACUACUAUAGUGGCCACUAAAAAUGUUCCCAAUACGUCAUAUUAAAGGCGCAUGCCCAGAGACAGACCACGCGCAUCAAACAAAAGGAUACUGUAGCUUGAAAAAGAAGAAAAAAAAUUCCUGACCUGACCAAAACAUUUCUCGCGUAACAUUAGCGAUAUCUAGCGAUUUCAAAAUUUAAUUUCACAUGAUAUUUUUGAAAAAUCACAAAAUGAUCUCAUUAUGACCGUAAUAACUUAGGAUUUCUCUAGAAAUAACACUUUUUUUAACAUUUUUUUCCGAAAGUCCGGGCUAUAAUUAAAAUAAUCCCGAAUUCUCAUUUUUCUUCACAAUAAAAAAACAGAAGUUUUUCAGAAGCUGAACGAAAACUUCGUGAUCAAAAUUUGCGACCACACCUUGUCGUUUUUUUCAACAAGCAAAUCGGCUACCUCGUUUGCAAUACAUUAAUCAAGGUAAUUUGUUUUUUUCUUCUAAAAUAUUAACUAAAUAUUUCAUUUCAGAGAAAACUUGACAGCUUCCUCAAUUCUUUCCUCACUAACCACAACGCCGACACGUUGAGCAGAAUAAUUUGCAGUCGUAUUCACAUGUGUACUGAUUAA